AUGCGCAAAAGACGAGAAAAAGGUCUUUGCUAUAACUGCGAUGAAGUUUUUCAGGUUGGACAUAAGUGUCUUAAGCAACAAAUUUAUAUGUUGGUUGUUGAUGAUGAAGAGUCGACACAAUCUGGUGAAGAAUCACGUGUCGAAACUCUAUUGUCUCCUACUCUAGAAGAAGAAGUCGAAAUUUCAGUUCAUGCUCUAGCUGGCAAUGUCUCCCACAACACCAUUCGGAUAGAGGGAGCUUCUAAGAAGCAUCCACUGACAAUCUUGAUAGAUAGUGGCAGCACUCAUAGUUUUCUCGACCCAGCUGCAGCUGCUAGAUGUGGAGGGAAUCUUGUUCCUACAGCCUCACUGUUAGUAGCAGUAGCAAAUGGUAAUAAAAUGGUUAGUGAUGCUAAGUGUCCAUCAUUUCAUUGGCUAAUGCAAGGACACCAAUUCCAAUUUGAUGUGCGUCUCUUAACCUUGGGGGGCUGUGACAUGGUGCUUGGAGUGGAUUGGAUGAAAGGCAUGAGUCCAACGGUUUUUGACUUCAAUAAACUGACUAUAGAAUUAUCUUGGGAGGGGCAGACCAUCAAACUACAAGGUAACAGUCCUACAACUCAGCUUUCUAUGAUGACUGGUAAGGCUUUGCGUAAAUGGGUUAGGCAGAAUAAACAUGGAAUGGUUGAACCCAACACUCUUCCCCCAUCUAGGGCUCAUGAUCAUCAUAUUCCAUUAAAACCACUCAAUACACCUCCAAACCAAAGGCCGUAUCGUAUUCCUUAUAUUCAGAAGGAAGUAGUAGAACAACUGCUGCAGGAAAUGCUCAAAAUUGGUGUGAUACAACCUAGUAGAAUCCCUUUCUCUUCUCCAAUAUUACUUGUUAAAAAGAAAGAUGACAGCUUGCGAUUUUGUGUCGACUACAGAAAGUUAAAUGAAGCUACUAUUAAAGACAAAUUCCCUAUUCCCAUUAUAGAGGAGUUAUUGGAUGAGCUGUGUGGUGCAAAGGUGUUAUCCAAGAUAGAUUUACGCGCAGGGUAUCAUCAAAUUCGUGUGUUUCCUGCAGACACAUACAAGACGGCGUUUAAGACUCAUCAAGGGCAUUAUGAGUUUAUGGUGAUGCCAUUCGGCUUAACCAAUGCUCCAGCCUCCUUCCAAGUAUUAAUGAAUGAUGUUUUUCAGCCGUACUUGAGGAAGUUUAUCUUAGUGUUUUUCGAUGACAUAUUGGUAUACAGCCCAGAUAUGACUUCCCAUUUGAGACAUCUAGAGCUCACUCUUAAAACUUUACAAGAACAAAACACUAUAUGCCAAGAUCAGUAA